CAACCAAACAGGUCACAUGACUGUAAGAUGGCUUCGCAGGGAGGAGAAUGGACUUUGUUGCUCUUCUGUUUCUCCUUCGUCUGGGAAACCGUGCCAUGGAAGAUAAACCGGAAUGCUACGGAGCCAACACCGGUAGUCAUUUGGCACGGCAUGGGUGAUAGCUGCUGUAAUCCUCUUAGCAUGGGAUUUAUCAAGAAACUAGUAGAACAAGAAAUCCCAGGAAUUUAUGUUCUAUCCUUGGAAAUUGGAAAUACUAUUGCGGAGGAUAUGGAGAACAGUUUCUUCAUGAAUGUAAACGACCAAGUUAAUCUGGUGUGUAAUAUAUUAUCCAAGGACAAGAAGCUAGUGAAUGGAUACAAUGCGAUGGGUUUCUCUCAAGGUGGUCAAUUUCUGAGGGCAGUGGCACAGAGAUGCCCUUCUCCUGCCAUGGUAAAUCUAAUCACAUUUGGAGGCCAACAUCAAGGAGUAUAUGGUUUACCUCACUGUCCUGGAGUGAGUUCCCAUAUCUGUAACUGGAUAAGAAAAAUGCUGAACUUGGGUGCAUAUAGUAGUCCAAUUCAAGAGCACUUGGUGCAGGCAGAGUACUGGCAUGAUCCCUUGAAUGAAGACCUAUAUAGGAACAAAAGUAUUUUCUUGGCAGACAUUAAUCAAGAAAGGGGCGUUAACGAAAGUUAUAAGAAUAAUCUGAUGAAAUUAAAAAAGUUUGUAAUGGUGAAAUUCUCAAAUGAUACCAUGGUUGACCCAGUGGCUUCAGAGUGGUUUGGUUUCUACAAAGCUGGCCAGGCCAAGGACACCUACGACUUGCAGGAGAGUGUUCUUUAUCAAGAGGAUCGAUUGGGAUUGAAGGCAAUGGACAAAGCGAGAAAACUGGAAUUUCUAACUACAAAUGGGGACCACCUUCAGUUUUCAAAGGAAUGGUUCAUCAACAAUAUAGUUCCUUACCUGAAGUGACCCUUCUUCUGGUUCAGUAAAUGUCAACUAAUUGAUUAUUCGAUGCCCCUAUCAUGUAAUGUUGUAACACCAUCCAUCAUCUAAGGUAUUACAGAGAUUAAGGGAGGAGGAGAAAAGUUACUUCUACUUCACAUUUUGCUAAAGCUCAUGAAUUUUGGUUCCCUUAAUUGGCUUGAAUGUCUCACUGAUUUUUGUGGCAACUGUUCUAAUGCACUGAAUCUGAAGUUAUUAAUUUCUUAUAUUCUAAUUUCCACUGAGGUUUUGCUUAACUAUAUGUCACAAAAAAUUAUUAAAAUGCUGUCUCAAUGCAACUAGAAAUAUAACUUAGAUGAGGUGAUCGACAUUUUUCCUUCCAAGUUACCACUUAGAGAAAUAGCUGAAGCUUGUUUUUUUUUUGGAUAGGAGAGAAAUUGAGGUUAUGCAUUUUUAUUUAGCAUUAUCAAAAUUAGGUCCACUGAGAAUGCUCCCUUAGGUAUAUAUAAGGACAGAUGCUACUCAUCUUUAGCUUGAAUAUGUUCAUCCAGACUGCUAAAAUAAUGCAACAUUCAUUACCCAAAAGCAGUUAUGUGGAUUAUCUCUUUUAGCAGUCCAACUUCCUCCUCAAACAUGGUUAGGUCAAUUUGAAGUAUUACAGGUGCCAUGACACCUUCAUUACAGUCCAUGAGGAUCAAGGUUAAAAAAUGACUGACUAUUGCUGAUGACUGUUCAUUGUUCAACAUGAAUAGUAAUUAUGGUGUUCUGCCAAAUCAACUUGGGGAAAAGUUGUUACUGACAAAAUAGGAGUAAUGGCCAAUUUGGAGUUGCAGGAAUUUCACUUACAUUCAGCUUUAUUCUACAAAUCAGUAUCCGAUUGUACGAUUGCUCUGAAGAGUCAUAUGGACUCUUAACUGUUUCCAGCAUUUUCUGUUUUUAUGUGAUUGCUUUUCUAUUAAAAUAUUCUAACAAUCUGUUUUGUA